ACUAAAUUGAACUCUGAGUCCAUGGCAAUUCAUGGACCACCUUUAUUUAUGUGUAAAAAUUAUGAAUUGGAAGCAGUUAAGGAUAUCGUCCAAUAAAUAUUAAGCAGAAGGCACCAAAAUAUUACUGUCAAUGUCAUGAUUGCAAAUUAUACUUAUAUUACAUUGAAAUGAGCAUUUUUGUCGACAGUCCUAAAAGGCGAAUGCCAGGAUUUGAAAGAGAAUUGAAACCGUUAAAGGCCAUCAUCCAUGGCCCACCCCUGUCUGGAAAGACUGUAAUUGCAAAAAGAAUAUCUGCCCGAUACGGUGCACAUUAUGUCUCGGUAAAAAGUAUGAUUGAGGAAACGCUCAAUGAAUUGUGGAAACAUAUUGCCUAUGCGAAAAGCCGAGCUCGUUUAGUUAACGAAAUUAGUAAGUCGAAAGAGAUUAUAGACUCAGAUGAAGAGGAUGAUGAUAUGGAUGAGGAAUGGGGAGGAAACCAAGCAGAUAUUGAGCAAUGGGAAGAAAAAAUUCGCGAUAUUAACAGUAUCAUGAAUAUGAGUGACAAUGAGAUGUUACCUGAUGAUUAUGUUGUGAGACUAAUGAGCGAAUUCCUUGCAAAAGGUCGUUGCCAAAGUCAUGGUUAUGUUUUGGAUGCAUUUCCAAAAACUUAUCAACAGGCAAGAGAAAUAUUUGGACAAAUCGCAGAAUCUGAAAGGCGGUUAUUAGAUGAAGGUGUAAUGGAAAUAUUUGGAGAAGAUGAUAGGAACAUUGUUAAAAUAGGUACCGUGAUAGGAAACGCAAGUGUGAAUAUAUUGCCGGAUUUUGUAAUAAGUCUUCAAGCUACGGACGAGUUUUUAUUCGAACGAGCGAUGAACUUACCGGAAAAUCAAAUAAAGGGUAAAUACGACGAGCAGCACAUGAUUCGUAAGCUGAACGAGUUUAGGAUAAAUAAUGAUCCCGAAAAUACCGUAUUGAAUUUCUUUAACGAUAUUGGGAUUCAUCCAAUAAUAAUGGGCGUCUGUGAUGAAACAAGUGAUAUUGAAAGUAUUGUAAAUUACCUUUACAAAAUUUUUGGUCCGCCCAUCCCUGGUUUUGGAUUGUCUUUAGAAGAAGAACAAGAAUUAAGAAAGUUGGAAUUAGAACAGGACAAAUUAGAAGAGCAAGCAUAUUUACUUCAGAAACAGGGAAGUAUAAUAAGUACUUUUUACAAAACUUCUAAAUUCCUCCUGCGUCGGUUUUUGCUGAAUCGAACUUGCUGACGUUUCGAUUUGUAUAACUAAAGUAUUAUUAAGGUAUAACAUUUCAUAUUAUGGAAAAGAAUUCCUUUUCUAUUAAAUGAACUUUUUUUCUGAAAUAGAUAAUAACUAAUCUCAAAAUCUACUAAUUCAAUAAAUAAAUUGUAAAUAUUUAUUAAAAACGAUGAAUAUAAGUACCCAUUGGGAUUCCAAUUGCGAAUAUCUUCAUCAUGAUCCGAGUAAUCGAUAAACUACAAGAGACCUUUUUUGUACAGCAUUAAAUUUCCUAUAAAAAUUCAACAUUUCGCGAUAACUAUUUUUCAGCCAAUAACAAAAUUUAGAACAAAAAGUUAUUUUUCUUUAAAUUCUUCAAUUUUGAACUCGAAUAUCUUUGAAAUGGUUUGAUUUACCGAAAAUGAGACUAUUUUUGUAUAAGGUUGAUUUCCUAUAAAAAUUAUUAAUAAAAUUGGCUUAAUGAUCUAUUGGUGAUAAGAUAUUAUUAUUUAAAUAUGACUAAACCGAAAAUACAAAAAUGUAAUGACGAUAAUCCUCCCAUUAAUAUUAAGAGCUAAUACGUGAUAAGUACCUUCUAGAAAAGUAACUAGCAACUAGUUUUUGUAUAUCAGAUCCACAAAAAAAAUCUUUUUUACACACUCUAAUAAUGAGCACAUUUUUCUAUUUAUGUCCCAUUUUCAUUCAUUCACUAUUUAGAUUAACGAGGAAAAAAUGAAAAAAGAAUAUGAAGAAAAAAUGGAAAAAUGGGCCGAAACUUUAGAAAAACUGAAGAUAGAAGAGGAUAAGAUAGUAACUGCAGAAAGUGAGCCUAUCCGAUUUUAUUUGAUGAAAUAUAUACUUCCAACAUUAGCAAAAGGACUUACCGAAGUAGUCAAGAUUAAACCCACUGAUCCCAUAGAUUAUUUAGCCGAGUUUCUAUUUAAAGAAAAUCCAGAAGGUAAAAUGUUUGAUCCUUCCUUUACUAAAUCUGGCGAAGAAUUAUUGAAACACUGCG